AUAAAACCACCCCAUAUGCCAUCUCCGGUUCUCCACACCACCAUUCAGAGGAACCACACCGACACCCCAUCCACUUUAUCUCAGUUGAGAGGUUUAGAAGCGGUGAAGCACAGGUGCAGCAAGAGCUGCGAGAGGAAGGAGCGAGCAGCAAUGGCGAGGCACAGCCUCCUUGCCGUGCUCCUCGUCGGGCUGGUCGCGGCCUCUGGUUUCAGCCAGGCCGCCGCCGCUGGUCGGGGCCUCGCCGAGAAGCUCCCCGAGCCGGAGCCCAAGCCGAUGCCGUACCCGGAGCCCAAGCCGGAACCCAAGCCAGAGCCAAUGCCUAAGCCUGAACCCAUGCCAAAGCCAGAGCCUAAGCCUCUGCCUAAGCCUGAACCCAUGCCAAAACCAGAGCCUAAGCCUCUGCCCAAACCUGAACCCAUGCCAAAGCCAGAGCCCAAACCGGAGCCGAAGCCGGAGCCGAUGCCAAAGCCCGAACCAAAGCCUGAGCCCAAGCCUGACCCGAUGCCCAAACCUGAGCCUAAGCCUGAGCCCAAGCCAGAGCCGAUGCCCAAACCGGAACCAAAGCCAGAGCCCAAGCCCGAGCCGAUGCCAAAGCCGGAACCAAAGCCAGAGCCCAAACCCGAGCCCAAGCCAGAGCCGAUGCCAAAGCCGGAACCAAAGCCCGAGCCCAAGCCCGAGCCAAUGCCGAAGCCAGAACCGAAGCCAGAGCCCAAGCCUGAGCCGAUGCCAAAGCCAGAGCCUAAGCCCAAACCAUUGCCUAAACCAGAGCCUAAGCCUGAACCUAUGCCUAAGCCAGAGCCCAAGCCUGAGCCCGAACCGAAGCCGGAGCCGCCUCCGAAGGGCAAGCCACCGAUGACUGACAAUUGAUGUGAUACUCACAUAUGACAGCUGAAGGAGGAGAUCGACCCCGUCCGGAGCCACGAUGUGCUAUUUCUAGAAUAAGUGGCAUAGUAUCCGGUUAGCGAGAUAGUGAUGAUGCAUCUUUUUGUAUUCCUUGUAUUCCACCAUUCCUUUUAGUUUCUGUUGUUCCAUGCACCCAUGAUGAGUACUACUAUUCUGUAAUUAUCAUUUGCGUGUUGGUAUAUGUUCAUCUGUGCACAUGACUCAGUUGUUCUUUCGUGUAGAUACACAUGCUUUUAUUCGUUUGCAUGAAAGACA